UGCAAUAGAAAUUUGAGAAUUGUGAAACGGUUUGGUUGUGAGUGAAUUUUCGAGAAAAAUAAAUAUAUAUAAAUAAUUUAAAACAAUAUUUGGGCGUGCGGAAAUUAGAAGUAAAAGUAGUCAAAAUUUGCGGGGCCGGUCGAAAUUUCACUGUGAGUUCAUCAAGCAUUUCCACGACUAUUUUUUAUCUAAUAAUUUAAAGUGAAUAUUCUGAAAGCAAAACAAAAACGCCAAUAAACUAACGAAGAUAAAAUAAGUAGGAGGCACACAACGAAGAGAAUAAGAAUAGACAAGUGAUUGUAUUUCCAAAUUUUCCAUUCGUAUGAAAAGACGUCUUUCAAAGAAAAAAAUUGUAAAUUGGUUUCCAACACCACAAAGAAAAUAUGGAAAGGAAAUUAGUAGCUUAAUUAAAUUUCGAAAGCGAAUGCAACAAUAAUGAAAAUGGUGGUCAUUGACACAAAAUACGAAGUGCCAAUAUUAAAUAGUGAACAAAAUAGAUAACAUUUGAAAAAGUGGAACAACACUUUCUGAAGCGGAGGGGUGAAAAAAUCAUAGAAACAGAAUAAAGAGCCUCCACAGUCCAGAAAGACAAGAUUAGUGAAAAGUUUAAGAACUAAAACUUGAGCACUAAACUGCCGGUGGUCGGUUCAUUUACACUUACAACAUUGUUUUAAAGUAGAAUCGUGAGACUAUCAUAAUCGAAACAAACACCCACAUUUGUCGCAUGCCUUAAUUUGGUUUCGUUCGAUCCCUUCGUGCAUGCUGCCAAAAUUGUUGCUGCAAUUUCAUCUGUUUCUUGAUAACCUCCUAAAAUCAAAAAACGAAUUUAUACAGAUCCUCACCGACUUCUCAUUAUUCUCAUUCGAUCACCUACAUUUGAUCAAAUUCAUAGCCAGAAUGUCGACUGCAUUUCUUACCGCCAUUGCGGUCAUAAUGUGCAUCCUAUUUCGUAUACUAAACGUUAAUAGUCAGCCACUAAAGCCAAGCGUUUGGUGUUUGGAUCAACAGUUCCUGGAUUGUAUUUACAAGAUUGCGCCAGUACUUAGAGAACCCUAUGUUCCCACGCGCCUUUGGGGCUUUAGUGGUCACGUACAAACGGUGCUGCAUAGCAUAGUAGGACGUGUGAAAUGUCCUUGGCCACUGGGUGAACGUGUGUAUUUGUUGUUGCAGGAUGGCUCAACACUCACCUACGAUCUCUAUCAGCCGAUAAAUGAAGCCGAAGAUGAUGUCACAGUUGCGAUUUGUCCAGGAAUUGGCAAUACCUCCGAAAGUGUUUAUAUUCGCACAUUUGUGCAUUAUUCCCAAGUGCAUGGAUACAGAUGUGCUGUACUUAAUCACAUCGGUGCAUUGAACAGUGUCCAAGUGACGUCGACGCGCAUCUUCAGCUAUGGUCACACCGAUGACUUUUCAGAAAUGGUCGACAAUUUACAUAAAAAAUAUCCACACAGCCGGAUUGUAGCGGUCGGUUUCAGUUUAGGCGGCAAUCUUAUUACAAAAUAUAUGGGCGAAACGACAAAGCCUAAACCACACACAAUACUCGGUGGCAUUUCAAUUUGCCAGGGCUACAACGCAGAGGAAGGCACCAAAUGGCUUUUGAAUUGGCAAAAUUUCCGCCGCUUCUAUUUGUAUGUGAUGACUGAGAAUGUAAAGAAUAUCAUACUCAAGCAUCGUCACGUUUUACUAUCCGACGAGGUGAAGGCACGUCACAAUUUAAAUGAACGCGAGAUUAUUGCAGCCGCCACACUACCCGAAUUGGAUGAGGCCUACACGCGUCGUGUGCACAAUUUCUCAACCACACAAGAAUUAUAUAAGUGGAGCUCAUCACUACACUUCUUGGACAACAUCGAGAAGCCAAUGAUUUUCAUUAAUGCUAAAGAUGAUCCAUUGGUGCCUGUGGAUUUGUUGCCACCCAUUAAGGAAUUUGCAUUGUCCCGUCCCAAUACCGCAUACAUUGAACUUGCUCACGGUGGACAUUUGGGAUUUUAUGAAGGCGGUUUGAUUUAUCCAAAUCCAGUAACAUGGCUGGAUCGCACAGUCGUCGCUAUGGUUGGAUCUAUAGUUAUGUUGCAUAUGGAUGCUGCAUCUGGUGUACAAAAAGUUCCAUUGUAAAUGUGAUAGAUGGAAAUGUGCAUUUUUAAACCCAUAUAUAAACACACUCACAAAUGGAAAUCGCACAUCAAUAAGAACAAUUACAAAAAGGAAUUUCAUUGUUCACAAGUUCCGUACACAAAUGUAUUAAAAGUAGCACAACGCUAAAACGUUGCUCUUUCUUCAAGGUAUAAAAUUGAAAUGUUGAAUUUUGGCGGUUUUCUAAUUUGUAUUUGUUGUAUACAUAAAGAAAUUCCAUUUUGGAAAGAAAAAAAAAAAUGAAAAAUAAGAACUUAAUAUAUAGUAUUUAUGGCAUAUGUUGUUUAUGAUUUCUGUGAAUUAUGCACAAUAAAAAAUCAG